CGUGAAGAGUUGAAUUUCACUGCCUUGUUUGGAACUGGGUGGAAAUCCUGGAGAUGGAUCUCUUAGGAGACUGUCUUCCAUUUGGGUUAGAUGCACAGGAGCAAUGGAUCGCCCCAGCUACAUGGAAGAGGACUAUUCUAGCCUGGAUGGGCUGGACGAUGACGUGUUUCACUCUGAUGACUUUGGACUUGCAGGUCAGCCUGGUGAGAUGACUGCAACUGGCUUUUUCACACAGAACCAAACCUGCCUUCGGAGGUUUCAACUAUUCCCCCUCACACACUGCUGUGGUCCCGGUAGCAGGCAUCCCGAGCAGCAGGACAAGGCAACUCAAACACUCAGCCCGUCCUCUUCCAGUCAGGAUGUUAUGUUGCCUUGUGGAGUCACUGAAGAGCCCCGGAGACUCUUCUAUGGGAAUGCUGGCUACCGUUUACACGUUCCUCCAGUUGGCUUUGCAUUGGAUCCCCGUCUCCAAGAGCAGCCUCAGGAAGCCCAGCGGGAAGCCCGUGCCGAGGUGCAGAUUGCACGGAAGCUGCAGUGCAUUGCAGACCAGUUCCACCGGCUCCACAUACAGCGGCAUCAGCAGAACAGGAAUCAAGUGUGGUGGCAGCUCCUUCUCUUCCUACACAACUUGGCCUUAAACGUGGAGGCGAACAGGAACCGCACCGGGCAGAGGUGAGCGGCGCCGGGCCGCAUCCGUCUGCAGGGAGCACGGAACAAACACUGGUUUGGGGGAGAGCCGAGCACGCCGCCGGCCGGAUGGGAGGACUCUGGGACACUCUUAUCCUCGCCUUCAAGUUCGGGGUUUUUACGGACUCUUCUUCGCUGCUUGCUGCCUCGCGAGGCAGGGAGCUCUGGUCCAACACUGUUGAAGGAAAGGUCGAAUGUGGGUGUGUUUGGUAACGCUUGCUGCUGGUUCCCCGUGACUGUUGGGCAAGGGAGGCAGGUGUGAGGCCAGCGGCUUCCUCUGCUCUCUGCUGGUCAAUAGCAAAGGGCAGGAGUUUGUCAUUUUGGCUGCUAGUUGGAAAGGGAUGUCUGGGACUGAUGACUCUAAACGUACUUUGAGUAUCUUCCAGAGUAGCGAUGCUUGAUUCCUCCGUGAACAAAGUUCUUCUAGCAACAAUAGCAUUCAAGUAGCUUAGAUCCAGCGGGUUGCUUGUUUUCUGCAUGGGUUACUGCUUCUUUUCUUGGAUCUUUUGUGAGAGGAAAUCACAAAGAAAUUUGAUCUCUUAAAUCUUUCCAUUGAAUACCAGUUGCAGAUCUCUCGCAAGAAGCUGCUCUUUCUCAUUGCCCCAAGCAGACAAAAUUGUUUCUGUAAAGACAUUCUUCCAAACCCUGCUUGGAGUUACUGGUGGCUAUGCAGUGUCUGCAGCCGUGUCCUUACAGUUCAGCAACUGCUGCGUCUCUAGGCCAGCGUGGAGCUGAAAACCAUGGAACAAGACCCAAGCAUCGUGCUCCUACAGUGCUAAUGUAUAUGUUUUUAUUAAUUUUAUGAUGGGUGUUUCUUUUUGUUUCUUUUCUAUUAUUAUAAAGUGGUUGCUCAAGAAGGCUUAGGUCCCAGGCAUCUGAUAAUUUGCUUCAGGAUUUGAUAGGGAAAUCAAUUAGCAACUCGUUUAACACAAACACUGUCUCAGCAGUCUGUCCAUUGCUCUACCAAAUGAUGCUGGGAGGCUGCUGUAAGCAUCUAUUGACUAGCAGCAGUAAUACUGUUCAAAUUCUAGAAAUCCUGCUUUUUAUCUGCUCAUAAGGUUGUCUGUAUGACUGACACUAUUAGAUCAGCACAGGGGAAUUACCUAUCAAAUGAAAUACUUCUGCGUAGCUUUAAAUAUUGUUAAUUGAUAAACCCAGUAACAAAUUGGAUAAAAUACUACCAGUAAAGCAACACAUCUUUUAUAUUCUUCAAAGAGUUUCCCUGUUUCCCUGCAACUUGUUUUAAAUCUCCGAUUAUAAAACUGAUCUGUUGAAAGAACUACUGUUUGCUGUUGGUACAAAUAUCAGCUUCAGGUGUUGAGGAAUUCUUCUGCUCUUAGUCCACAGGAAGAGUAGUUUACUUGCACAUGUACUUUCUCCCCUACCCCUCUUUGCAUGUCUUUCUCUAAUUCUUUCCUUGAUUUUUGUGUAAUCGCAUCAUUGCACUGUAGUGUCUGGUAACAAUUUGCUGAGCACAGUUGUAUUUGGAGUUUUUCCCUUUUUCCCAGCCCCAUUCUCUCAUCUUGCAUCCUACUUCACUGUGGCAAAAUGUACUUUAGCUCCCUGAAACAGGUCUUUUCAUUUCAUUCAUGAAACAGGUUUUCAUUUGCCUCUGCUCCCAACCACUGUCUUUCAGCAUCAUGAGGGCUACUGCGAGAAAAUCUUUUGUUUUCCUCCCUCUUAUGUUAUUUUUCUAACUAGAGCUAGGGUGAUACAUUUGUCCAGGUGACUGAGAAUUCAUAGAAGUGAAUCUCAAGUUAUUUUAGGGCUUGGGUUUUAGCAGAGGGGUAGAGGGGUUUUUUAGAGAGAGAGGGGCGUGUUGUUUUUGGCUUUGUAUCUUUUCCUUAAGCACGUGCACUACAGUUACCCAGAGGGACCCAGGUGGUCCCUGUUGCUGGUUUGGCAGCAGCAGGGUGGGGAGCCGCUCUGCCCAUAGGGAUGGAGAGCAGCCUUCCCAGGCCUUGCUUUGCCCGCUCUGCUUGGAGCACACGCUGCUCGCUGCAGAGCAGGGAGUCAAACAACAGGCUGAGGGGCAGCGCGAGCAGACACUCAGCUGGGACCCCUUGGAAGCUGGAUGUUGAGAAGAUGACUCAUAAAAUGGAGAAUCUUUGGCUGACACUAAGGCUGUUGGUGGGGCAGGAGUGAGGCCUGCUAGAGCUCAGGUAGAAAUGCAGCAGGGCUGUGUGCCUGCACGGCCUCCUCCAGGACAAGAUGCUUCUUAUUUCCCUUCUGGUUGGCAGGGCCCCUUUAGCAAGUGCUGUCACAGACCAACAGAUCAAAGCUGCAUCAUUGCAGCCCUGGAAAGCGGGAAAGAUUCAACAGGUGCCUCUGACCCUAAAAAACCAUCUGAGCUUUCCCCUUCCUCUCCCACUUGACUUGACGGCCAAACAGGCCAGUGGAAUCCACGUGCAGGUGGGG